AUACAAGAAUACUAGCAAUUACCUUCAAAUUCAUUGGGUCGUUAUUCUAUUGAUAUUGGGAAUAAAGAGACAACAGUACGGCAGCACAAACCGUCGUUUGCUCUCAUCCAAAACGACCACGCUUCCAACUUUCGUUUCACUUUUACCUUCUUACGCUCAAACAAUUAGAAUCUGAAUUCAAAACAAGAAUGGGAAUUGGGAAAUUUUGAAGAUAAGCAUCGACCAUAGAUAAGGGACAAACUAUCAAGCUGUGGUUUUUGGAGGCGACAAAGAUUACUGCUUGAAGAGUUGUAGUAAAUUACUUACUUUAUUUUGAUAGUUUUGGUUCUCCAAGGCUGAAAUAAGUUGUCUAAGUAUCUAACCUUUGAUUUGAUUGUUUUGCAUUUUUCGGAACUUAUGUGUCUCCUGCCAAAGGUCUGAAGUUGAACUGAUGGAGUGUACACCUGCUAGAAAGACGCAGAAAGCUGAUCGAGAAAAGUUAAGGAGGGAUCGACUCAAUGAACAGUUUGUAGAACUGGGUAACAUCUUAGACCCUGAUAGACCCAAAAAUGAUAAAGCAACCAUUCUAGGGGAUACAGUUCAAUUGCUGAAGGACCUUACUUCUCAAGUUAGUAAACUAAAAGAUGAAUAUACUAUGCUAAAUGAAGAAUCUCGUGAGUUGUCUCAGGAGAAAAAUGAUCUCAGAGAAGAAAAGGCUUCUCUUAAAUCAGAUAUUGAGAAUUUGAAUAACCAGUAUCAGCUGCAACUCAGGACUAUGUAUCCAUGGCCUGCAAUGGAUCCUUCAGUAAUGAUGGCUCCACCGUCAUAUCCGUAUCCAGUUCCAAUGCCUGUACCUCCCGGUUCAAUUCCAAUGCAGCCGUACCCCUACUACGCUAACCAACAUCCUACAAUCAUCCCUAACCCGUGUUCGACAUAUGUUCCGUUUUUAGCCCCCAACACAAUUGUUGAACAGCAAUCCACACAGUACGUAUCCCCACCUCUUCAUCCAGGUAGCCGGUCCCACAUAUCAGGAAAACCAGAAUCCAAAAACAAAUCAUCAAGGGAGAGCAGAGCUGAAAGAAAUGCAGAUUCUAAUGAUGUCGCCACAGACCUUGAGUUGAAGACUCCUGGGUCUUCUGCAGAUCAGGAUUUAUCAUCCGCACAGAAAAAAUCUAGAAAGUCUCCUUCGAGGAAGGAAAACAGUUACACAGAAGCUAGUUCUUUAGGCAAGUGUUCUUCAUCUCACAGUGUUCAGGAUAGCUCAUCAAGUAGUGUAGUUGGUAGCAGAAAGGCUAGUGAAUGAGAAAGGAUAUAAUGUUAGACAAGUGAUUAUGCUUUUUGGAACUACUAUGAUGAGGGUUUUCACUUUGCUUCUGCUGCAGCUAUUCUAGAGGUAUAUGUCGGAUUUACUCUUGUCCGAAAAGAAAGCUGCUUCUGUUCUCUCUUCCUGACUAGGAAUUUAUGUUUUGAGUACUGUGUAAUUUAAUCAUAAACUACUUUUCCUUGUGAUGGAAAAGCUUCACAGGUUCAAUUGUUUAUAUUCCUACUUGUGAAAAAUUGAAAUUGCAGAUGGAAAAUGUCCAAUUUGAGACCAGUGUGACUAAUGUGUAGGCUUGUAAAUCUCUUAUUCACAAACUCUACUAAAAAGACCAUGCCUAUUUUAUCUAAUGUAUGUUUGAAUUAUAGUUGAAGAUGUUUAACGUA